AUGUGCUCCAGUGGUGUCGUUAAACAAGACAAACUAAGACAGGUUUGACUGUACCCUAAUAUAUGCAGCUAAAAACAUAAUCUGGAAACAACACCCCGAUAAACUGCAUCCGCUCCUACCAUCGGGCUUUUGUUUGCCGGCGGAUGUUGGAGGAAAUGUUCUGACUAUAGGAAAGUCAAUUGUCCAUUAGCAUAUAUUAUUGUGUGGCGUGUCAAUCAUUUCCAAUAAACAACACGGUGCGCUUUCACUGUUCGUAUCCUUGGUGUACCUCUCCACGUCGACAUUGUCAUUAGUUCUGUAUUUACAACCCAACGUGUUAGCGGCAAAAAAAAAAAAAAAAAAAAAAAAAAAAAAACCAGCACCGAGUUGUCAUGGCAAUGACGUGUGUUACCUUCGACGUCAGACGUGUUUCUGUAUAAUGGUCCAUACCUGAAUCGAUGAAACAGUUUAUGGUAUAAACAGAGAUAGUGUGCAGUGGAUAUAUAAGUAUUUAAAGACCGAGAAAGAGAGAUGGAUUGCGUUUGUAAAUCCAUUAUUUAUUGAAUUGUUCGAUUUUUCCGCUUGAUCGGGUGCUCUUUUUUUUUUCUCUCUCUCUCUCUCUCUCUUCACAUUUACUUUGAUGUGAAGCUCGCCAACGUCAAGUUUAACAGUGGAUCACCGUUAUGACAUUGGCACAUAAAUGAUUUAUGUUGUAAUGAGUCCGUAUCUCAGUUUUUGACACGCAUUAUGCACUGUAAACGCCAUGGAAUAAUGUAAAGAAUCUGAUCAUGAUGGUAAAACACUGACACCUUUCAAAAAUAUGAAACUCCUACAAUAUCAAAUAUUUGUUAUUCUAUGUGAAAUAUUCGUAUUUUUAGCAUACAGUACCGGGGAGUUCGCCACGUUCGCCCCCAACGUGACUAACGAUGACUGCGAGUGUCCUUGUGAACCGACUGUCAGCAUCAACUCCUCGAAGACCCUGGAGGAGAUCCACCAGGAGAUACAGCAGCUCGUGAGCACGCUCAGCGUCAACAAGGCAGACGUCUCGGCCACCACGCGCAGGAAAACCAGCGCCAAGGACCACAGGCCGUCCGCCCAGUCCAUCGGUUACGUCGGAAUCAUCUGUCUCGUCGCGUCCAUAGGCGGGAUCGUCAUACUGGAUCUCAACGUCAUCUAUAAAGAUCUGAGAAUUGCCAAGAGCCACUUGAGGGAAAUCGUCAACAGUUCCAAUCAGUCUGUAACUCGCCAGGUUGUCACCAUCACAGCUGAUAUACCCGAUGGAGAUGGCGAAUGUACCAAGCCUUUCAAUACAGAGAAUAUUAAGGUGGAACAUGAGGACUAGUGAAAAAUCCAUCUACACACUUAUGGUUAUUCUUUGAAUUGUCCACUUUUAAGUAAAGUGUUACGCUCUUAAGCUCUAUGUUAAUUAUCAGCCCUACAUUCCAUUAAACUUUUGAGUUGAUAUUUGAGCAUAUCGCCUCUUUCUCUUGAAAUGAUUUUAUCGCACAAACAAUAACUAUGAUCAUGAAUGGUGGAUUUUUACGCACUUCUGUUUUAGAAAUACUAGAAAAUAUAAUCUAAGAUGUUCCGUACGACGAGUAAUUUCAGUUGAAAACCCUUUAAAGGGAAAACAUGUUCUUUAACCUGUUUAGGUAAUUUUCUGAUUCCAUCGCAUAUUAAUCAUGUCUCAGACAUUCACCUCAGAUUUUUCUAUGUCAAUUAAAAGCUAUGAAGUAG